UACCCCAUGUCGCAAGAAAAGAAAUGGCAAUGACGAGACAGCAACUUUGCGGGUCGCGUCGCACAGUCACUUGGCUGGCAACAAAGCUGCCAUUCCUCUUUGACUCAACCCUGCAACUGUCAAAACAAACAACCCCAGAAGUCUGCCCAAAAGUUACUGAAAAGUGCCCAGGAGAAGAAGCAGAAAAAAAAGACUUCCUUGCUGCAUACGGCACUUUCCGGCUCGAUCCUUCGUUGGAGGCAUUCAUUACCAAGACACCUAUGUGGUUCGCCUUCAUGUCUAACCUCGUUGCAUCUGUAGCAGUCCUGCAGUGCAUCGCACGCGAUUUGUUUGACAUUAUAUCCUCGGAAGAUGUAGACCGGCUUCUGCCCGAAUGGAGUCAGCCUCAGAUUCUAGUGGGCUUCGAAGAUCGACAACCCGUGUUGCAAGAUGCGAAAGAGAAGGUCACUGCAGGCAAACUAAUCUCGCACAUCUCGGGCUUGGCUUACGGCUUUCAUCCCGGACUGCUCUUGCAGUGCUGCCAGUGGCGCGGAGAGGGCCAUCGAACGAUGCGCGGCAAAAUACCUGACGUGUUCACGAUGCCGCUGCUGUUUGAACCUGGCACUGGCUAGAAUUACGGGCCUGGCCAUGGCGUUGCUGGUCUGAUGGUUGCUAGAGCCAACAACUGGCAAGAGAUGGCAAAGGGUAUCAAAAUUCUCAAGAAUCAAUUGUGGAUGCCGACCUACGCUGUGUGUGCCUUCCUCUCUUGCU